AUGGCGAACAAGUUUGGAUUAGGUUCUUUAUCUUUAGAAACUAAAAAACCUAACACUACAGCGUGGAUAAAUAAAGCGAAACCUUACUUUGUGGAUCAAAUCGGAGACACUCUUCAAGGUGAUUUAGAUAUUGACAAUUUCAAAGUAACUAAUUUAAAGUCUCCGGAAAACGAUAAUGACGCGGUUCACAAGAAAUAUUUAUGGGAACAAAUAAAUUUAAUUGAAGUAAAUAAAAACCAUUUAGAAGAUAAAAUAAGUAAUGUGAAAAGAUUCUUCAAACGUCAACUAUAUAAUAAAAAUUUUGUUAAUGAUACUAAACUACAAAAAGAGGUAAAAGGUUUAAUAAGUUUUAUUCAAGAACAAUUGGUCAACGUAGUGAACAAAACUGAGUUACAAAAUUUAAUUUCAUUAAUAUCUAAAUUAAAGGAUAAGAUUGCAAAACAAAAAUUAGACAUUCAACAAUUAAUAGAUAACAUUCCAGAUGAAAAUGAAGAUACGUUUCAACAGGAAUUAAAUGCUCUAGAAACUAAACUUAACAAUGAAUUACAAAAAGAACUAAGAAAUAUUAAACAACAAAUACAAAACAUAGAUGAUAGCGAAAUCAAAACCUAUAUUCAACAACAAAUACAAAAUAUUGAUGAUAGUGAAAUUAAAACCUAUAUUCAACAACAAAUACAGAACAUUGAUGAUAGUGUUUUUCAAAAACAGUUAACAACUAUUAAUAACCUAGUUUUGAAACCGGACAAAAAUAUAGUCGCAUUAGAAAAAUAA